AUGGGCAUUCCAAAUGUGCUAAUGCCUUACUGCUCAGCGCUGCCGCAGGCCCCCAAGGGCACCUUUGCUACAGAGAUGAAUCGGCGUGAGGGGCCCGCGGCCGCCGAGACCCCGCGGCAUCGUCGACCGCGGAGGAGGAGGCGGCGGGAGCUCGGACCAGCGUCUCGUCGGCGCUGCAGUAGAAAGUUUCUAAAAAGCCUCAUCCGGAAACAGCCUCAAGAAUUGCUCCUGGUCAUCGGGACCGGUGUCAGCGCAGCAGUGGCCCCAGGAAUCCCCGCCCUUUGCUCGUGGAGAAGCUGCAUCGAGGCUGUCAUUGAGGCCGCAGAGCAGCUGGAGGUGCUUCACCCUGGGGACAUCGCUGAGUUUCGGAGGAACGUGACGAAGGACCGGGACCUGCUGGUUGUUGCCCAUGAUCUGAUCCGGAAGAUGUCCCCUCGCACAGGCGACACCAAGCCCAACUUCUUCCAGGACUGCCUGAUGGAGGUUUUCGACAACCUGGAGCAGCACAUCCAGAACCCGCUGGUGCUGCAGUCGAUCCUCAGCCUGAUGGACAGGGGCACCAUGGUGCUGACCACCAACUACGACAACCUGCUGGAGAUCUUCGGCCAGCAGCAGAACAAGCCCAUGGAGUCUCUGGACUUGAAGGAUAAGACUAAGGUCCUUCAAUGGGCAAGAGGACACAUCAAAUACGGAGUUCUUCAUAUUCAUGGAUUAUACACAGACCCCUGUGGGAUGGUGUUGGAUCCAUCAGGAUAUAAAGAUGUCACUCAGGACCCGGAAGUAAUGGAAGUGCUCCAGAACUUGUACCGCACCAAGUCCUUCCUGUUUGUGGGCUGUGGAGAGACCCUUCGUGAUCAGAUAUUCCAGGCUCUCUUCCUUUACUCGGUGCCGAAUAAGGUGGAUUUAGAGCACUACAUGGUUGUGCUCAAGGAAAACGAAGACCACUUCUUUAAGCAUCAAGCGGAUAUGCUUUUACAUGGAAUCAAAGUCGUGUCCUAUGGGGACUGUUUCGACUGUUUUCCAGGAUAUGUACAAGACCUCGCCACUCAGAUCUGCAAACAGCCAAGUCCAGAUGCCGAUCGAGUGGACAGCACCACGUUAUUGGGUAAUGCAUGUCAGGACUGUGCAAAGAGGAAGUUAGAAGAGAAUGGAAUUGAAGUUUCAAAAAAACUCAGACAAUCAGAUGAUGCUGGAGGGUCUUGAAAUCCUUAAAACCAGUAAACCAGCCUCUGUAACCACAGUGCCGAGCCCAAACGAUGAGGAAUGUUCAGAGAACUCCACACGGGUCUCUCACCUCUAAGCCGUCACAUGUCCUCAGAGAGCCACGUGGGUGUGUGGCCCUCAAGGCUGGGUGAGAGUCCCCCCUGUAGGUGUUUGAGUGUGCAGGAGGCGACACGUACACACUGCAGCUGUGCUUUGUAAGGACUGACGGACAGCUACCUCGGGGACCAGCAUCGCUGGGAAGGGAUGGACGUGGUGUCCCGCUUUCUUGCGACAAGGUGGUGUUUUCCUGAUAAAAGGGGGGGAGUAAAGACUGUACGAGCAACAG